UGAAUUAUAAUACUUUUGAAUUUUUUGAAGAGCAAGCUUUGUUUGUAAAGUGCACGCGGUGCUUCACACGUGUGUGUUUUUAAUUAGAGAGUGUGUGUGUGUAUAUGUGUGUGUACGUGCGCGCGCGCUCGAGCGAAUGAUGCGCUGAGGCUCUCCAGCAGUGCGCAUCUCCUCCACUCGCGACCAGGUGUCACAUUCUUCGGAUGCUUCUGACCAUUUGAACCCGGGACCGAGUCAUCAUGACGGACCCUUCCUCAGCUGCUGACCCCACUGCCGGUCCUGUAGACCCCGGUCCAGGUGCUCCUGCUUCUGUUCCGGAUCCAGCGGUAGUGGAUCCUGCAUCCAUUCCAGCAAACGGACACCAUUCGAACCAAGCAGACACUUUCAACAUGGAGCAGCAGAUGAAAAUAGGAGAGACAGAUGACAACGGUCUUCUGGAGAGCAGUAUGCGUCUGAAACCCCACGAGGCUCAGAGUUACAGAAAAAAGGCAUUAUGGGUAUCGUGGGUCUCCAUUGUGGUGACGAUAAUCUUAGCCAUCGCUGCGUUCACUGUUUCUAUAAUGCGGCAUAGUGCAUCAGCCUUUGGGUUUGCUUUUGACGCUACUCUCGACGUCCUGUCCUCCAUUAUUGUGAUUUGGCGAUACAGCAACGCCGCGGCCGUCCAUUCAGCGCACAGAGAAUACAUAGCAUGUGUUAUCCUUGGGGUCGUGUUCAUCUUGUCGGCCAUCACUAUCCUGGGGAAAGCGAUCCAUGAUCUCGCCACAAAAUUGCAACCGGAAGUGGAUGACUUCCUGUACAGCGUAUCGGUUAUCAGCGGAGUGGUGUGCACCAUUCUGUCCAUCUGUAAGUUCAUGCUGGGGAAAGUCCUCACCAGCAGGGCCCUCAUCACUGAUGGUUUUAACUCUCUAGUCGGAGGCGUCAUGGGAUUCUCCAUCCUGAUCAGCGCCGAGGUGUUCAAACACGAACCAAGUGUCUGGUAUCUGGACGGGACCAUGGGGGUUCUGAUCGGACUGAUCAUUCUCGCCUACGGAGUCAAGUUGUUAAAGGACAUGGUCCCGCGCGUCAGGCAGACGAGGAAUUACGAGCGCUUCGAGUAGGAUUCGGAGUCGGGACAACUCAACGCACAUAAACACUCGUGUGGAGAUUCUGUGGGAAAACACAACACAUACACACAUUUUACCUUGCCUCAGGGCAAAGGCAACCACAAACUCCCCCUGUAAAUAUGGAUUUGAAAGGGAAAACUGACAAUUACAUGUAUAAAAUGUGUAUUAUUGAAUUGUCGGAGCUGGCAAUGAGCUGAAACGGGACGACUCGGAAUGCGGCAACCAAUUGGACAUCUGAUAUUUAAAACCCAGAUUAAAUCACGUUCAGUUAAAGGAUUUAUGGGUAUUCGUUUUUGCCUUGGGGCGAGACUUAUUUUAAGUUUCUUCAAACAAUCGGGUUAUAGAGAGAGUUUUAUCAGGUAAACUUAACACAGAUUGUCUUUAUUUAAAUUUAUUUUAGCUUGUUGUACUUUAGUAAAACUGUAAGGCUCGUCACAUCUGUGAGAAUUCAAUUAGCUAAAUAAAUUGACAAAAAAUAAACAAGGAUUCAUUACAAUUUCAAAUAUUUUUACUUUUACAUUCAAACUUAAGAUUUCAAUAAAAUUUCGCAAUAGAAAAGCCAAACAUGAUUUUAAAAAAGUAGUGUAAUUGAACAAAUUUAAGUUAUGCCCAAAAUAAUUUCGCUAAAAUGUCAAAUGAAUAAAUUGAAAGAGGUUGUGAAACUGCAUUUUUGUAGAUAAUAAAAUGACUUGGAGUUUAUCUUCAUGAAAACUUCAACUAGUUUCGUUUUUCCUUGUUAAAACGUGCCAUCAGAUUGUCUACAUGAACUCAUGUAUCCUAUCAACAACUCAACAAACAGGGCAUUUUCAUAUCGAAUACUUUAAUAUCUAUUGUAACAUACUUGUCAAUGUCAGAAACGUUAGAGCACUAGUCUACAAAUCAACCGCAUUAGAAUAAACACGUGGCGUUUUUUGAAAUGCUUCAUUUGCUAGAAUAUUGUAAUCGUUUCAUCUUUCGCACUCCAUUGAAACAGUAAAGUUCAGUGCAGUUCAGUAGCUUAAUCCAGCCUCGCAUUUAGCUUUCGGUGAAACUUGUAAUUAUUAAAUGGCACACAAACGCGUUUAACGAUACAAAGCCUUAAAACUUGACCCGUCUUGAUGUGAACUUGUAAGUUCUGAAGUAUUACAUAGACUGUUUUGCCUUGAGAUUUGGCUAUUUAAAUGUGUAUUUGGGACAAGCCAAGUUUCUAAGCAUUUUAUGUAGCAGUUAGCUGGAGAUUAGCAAUUAGCAGAUGGACGUAACAGUGCCGGUACAGCCAGUCAGAUUAGGCUAUUCAGUGGUGGUUCAUAGUUGAAAAGCACAUUUCUGCUUUAACGUUUACUCUUUUGGAGAACUGUCUGUAUGACUUGCGCUGUUUUUUUCAGGCGUGUUGUCGAAUUUACCGCCCUGUUAUUUAUUGACAUUUGAAAUACCUUAAGCCCUUGACAGAGGCACUAGGCACAAGCACACGCCCCAGAAAAUGUACAGUUUCUAAAAGCACAUUAUUGUAGAAGUGUGCCGGGGACUUAAAACUAAUGAGUCGAGAUUGGGGCCAUUAGAAUGAAUUAACACCACUCGAACAAACGCAGGCAAAAGCCGAUGCUAAUCCACGCCCGGGGCGUCGUGGAACCCGAAUGUCAUGUGAUACAUGAAUGUAUAUACAACUAUGUUGCUGUGGAGUACACAUGUAUAUUUACACAGAAAUGUCUGUUGUCACAGAAAAAAAAACGUUUAUUUGAAAAAUAAAGAUAUAUCCUACAGAUUCCUCAAUCAAUGAAAAACAAAUGGUCAGUGUAUUUAUUUUUUUGAAUGUCCCCCCCCCCAAAAAACAACAUAUACUUAUUAACAGUUUACAAAUUAGUCUGAUGUGUGAAUGCAUUUCAGCUUAAAACAAAAUAAAAGCAACUAUUAUUAACAGCGAAGUAAACCAGAACAAUUGUAAAAAAAAAAAUAAUAAAAAAAAAAUGGUUCCAUGAGUAAUUUGGGUUUCAUUCCAAUUUUUUGUUAUUAACAUAAACGCAGGUAAGAGUUACUGGCCACGAUUUUCAUUAAACUAAUCUAAUAUCUUAAAACGUUUGUGAUGGUCGUUAAUAUGAAGACCAUAGCUACAGCUAAGCUGUACAAACACUUUUGAAACGGUGGCAUCCUUCA